AUGAUAAAGUCUGUCGAUAAAUCACUUAGCAAAGACUUGAUGUGUUAUCAGAAUCCUCACAGUACAGGAGAGAUGGUUUAUACUACAGAGGGUGACCUGAUGGUCCUGUAUCUGGGUAUCCUGCCCCCAGCACUGAUCGCUCUCCUAGGUGGGCUUGUGAUACACUCGUUUAUUAUAGUCAUCAAUGUCACUGACUGGUUGAAUGGAAGAUCGGUGACUCCUGUUGACCACAUUAUAACUUCUCUUGGGAUUUCCAGGAUAUGCAAUCAAUGUGCUAAUACUCUACAUCUGUUGGUGCUCACACUCUUCUUGAGUAACCGGGAUUCACGUUUAACCCUGGUUCUUAUGGAUGCCUUUCAUUCUUUCUUUGCCUAUACCAAUGUUUGGUUAACAAGUCUUCUGUCCAUUGUCUUCUGUCUGAAGAUCUCCAACCUCCGCACCAGACUGUUCCUGUAUCUGAGGAGGAUGAUAGAUCAGAGGACUGUGCAUUUCAUUGUAGGAUCAGUUCUUCUCUCUGCUAUCAAUUGUUUGUUUCCUUUGUUGACAGCCAUCUCUAAGUUUACCAAAAGUGGGACCUACAAUGCAACCAUAGAUAAUCUAUUCAAGGAGUGCAGUGUAAUUAAACGUAUAUAUACUUAUACUAUUGGAGCUUCCAUCCCGAUGCUUUUCUUCUCCUUCUCCUCCAUCCUCCUCUUCACCUCGUUGUAUCGUCACAUAACAAAGAUGAAGAUGAGCGGGAACUUAUCCAUCAAUCUGGAGACAUAUUACUCAGCAAUGACAUUUGUAUCCAUCACCUUUAUGUAUCAGACUUUAUAUUUCACAGGUGAUGCUAUUUCUGUCAUGUAUUACAAUUAUUACUGUGUGCGCCUUUUAUGGCUUCAUAUCGCCAUGGGCUUUCUACCAGUUCUACAUUCCUCCUACCUGAUCUACAGAACGGCCAAACUGAGGAGUCACAUGUCCAAGGUUCUUCAGAAUGUCAUUGAUUUCUUAUUCCAAAGGAAAGAAACAGAAAUUAGAGAGGAUAUAGAAUUAGUGGGUUAA